AUGCAACACCUUCUUUUCUCGGCGCUGGCACUCAGCGCUGCCGCUGAUGCUUAUGGAUCUGGCAGCGCUGGCUGGGAUAGAGCCUACUCCAAAGCCAAAAUUGCUCUUAGCAAACUCAACCAGACUGAAAAAGUUGGCAUUGCCACGGGCGUCACUUGGGAGGGUGGACCUUGCGUAGGUAACACCUAUGCGCCAAGCUCAAUCGACUAUCCCUCCCUGUGUCUGCAAGACUCGCCUCUGGGUAUUCGGUUCGCCAACCCAGUUACGGCAUUCCCUGCGGGUAUCAAUGCUGGCGCGACUUGGGACCGCGAUCUACUGUAUGCGCGUGGAGCAGCCAUGGGUGAAGAGUCCAAGGGUCUGGGCGUCCAUGUACAGUUGGGGCCUGUCGCUGGACCUUUGGGUAAGAACCCCAACGGCGGCAGAAACUGGGAGGGGUUCUCCGUUGACCCUUAUCUGAGCGGAGUUGCCAUGGAAGAGACGAUCCAGGGCAUGCAGGAUUCAGGUGUGCAAGCCUGCGCCAAGCACUGGCUCGGCAAUGAACAGGAGCACAACCGAGAGACUAUGAGCUCUAACAUCGGUGAUCGUGCGACCCAUGAGCUCUAUGUAUGGCCGUUCAUGAACGCGGUCAAAGCAAAUGUCGCAUCCGUCAUGUGCUCUUACAACAAGAUCAACGAGACUUGGGCAUGUGAAAGUGACGCUGCUCUGAACAAUCUUCUGAAGAAGGAGCUCGGAUUCCCCGGCUAUGUCGUGAGUGACUGGAACGCGCAACACACCGGUGUGAAUAGUGCCCUGGCUGGCCUCGACAUGACUAUGCCUGGGAGCGAUUUUGCCUCUCCCCCUGGAAGCGUCUUUUGGGGCCCUCACCUGGUAGAGGCCGUGACGAACGGAUCUGUCCCGCAAUCCCGCUUGGACAACAUGGUCACCCGAAUCCUGGCAGCUUGGUAUCUGCUUGAUCAAGACCAGGGCUACCCGGAGGUAUCGUUCAGCUCUUGGAAUGGUGGGAAAGCUACAGUCGACGUCACGGCGGACCACGGCUCUGUUGUGCGUACUGUGGCGCGUGAUUCUAUCGUUUUGUUGCGGAACGAAGGAAAGUCAUUGCCUUUGCGCAGGCCUAAGAGUCUGGCCAUAAUCGGACAAGAUGCGAUCGUCAAUCCGGCUGGUGCUAAUGCCUGCAAUGACCGUGGAUGCAACAAUGGUACACUGGCAAUGGGAUGGGGUAGUGGAACGGCUCAAUUCCCCUAUCUUGUCGGUCCUCUUGAUGCAAUUCAAGUUCAAGCCAAAAAGGACGGCACCAAAAUCGUCCAAAGUACGACUGAUAGUACGAGUGCUGGUGCCUCGGCAGCUGCUUCCGCCGAGACAGCUGUGGUAUUUGUCAACUCGGAUGCAGGCGAAGGUUAUAUCACAGUAGAGGGCAACGCCGGAGACAGAAACAAUCUCGACCCCUGGCACAACGGCAACGAGCUGGUCAAGGCCGUUGCAGCUGUUAACAAGAAUGUGAUUGUUGUUGUGCACAGUGUCGGUCCCAUCCUGCUCGAAACGAUUCUCGCACAACCGUCAGUCAAAGCAAUUGUUUGGGCUGGACUACCUGGCCAAGAAAGUGGAAAUGCCUUGGUUGAUGUGUUAUACGGCGGUACAUCCCCAAGUGGAAAAUUGCCUUACACGAUUGCGAAGCAAUUUGCAGACUAUGGAGCCGGAUGGAACCCAGCUCUGGAUGACAACUUUGCAGAAGACAUUUUCAUUGAUUACCGCCACUUUGACAAGAAUGGCAUCACCCCUCGAUAUGAAUUUGGAUUUGGCCUUUCAUACACUACCUUCGACUACAGCAGACUUUCAAUCAACGUCUUUGCUACCCCUGGAGCGUCGAAUGGGCGCAUCGUCCCCGGUGGAGCCGAGCAGAUCUUCAAAUUCGUCGGUACGAUUUCUACUCUUGUCAAAAAUACGGGCAAGGUAUCCGGCGCAGAGGUUGCCCAGCUCUAUAUCGGUCUUCCAGAUUCUGCUCCCAGCAGUCCUCCCAAGCAAUUGCGAGGAUUCCAAAAGCUGCACCUCCAACCGGGACAAUCAGGAAUGGCUACCUUCGAACUGACUCGCCGCGAUCUCAGCUACUGGGAUGUCCCAACGCAGAAAUGGGUCGUGCCUAGCGGUACAUUCACUGUCUAUGUUGGAAGCUCCAGCAGGGAUAUCCGCCAACACGGCAAGUUUACUGUUGGUGGUCAUUGA